AUGGUGAUCAGUUUGCAAAAAGCGAUUAUUGAGUUGGAACAUUUUUCUUCGAUCCUAAAAAAUGCCAGCGGAUUGUAUGCUUCGGCGAGUGAAUUGGUAAAAUAUUGUUUGCCUCAUCGGACACUCAAAGAAUUAGUCGAAAUUCUUUGGUGUGCCGAACUUCAGUUCGGUAGAAGGCAAAAGAUUCGCAAAUUGGUUCAUGAUAUCAUGAAACGGAUUUCAACAAACACUGCUAGUGCAAUUAGGGCAUAUGCCAAGGAGAAAAGCAUAAAUAUUGAUUUGAAGACUGAGGAUUCAUGGGAAUUGUAUGAUAAAUGCAGCGGAGAAAAACUUGCAGAUGUGCUUUCAAAUUGUCUUUUCCUUUUUUAUACAAUAUAUGAUAUCAGGUCUAUUCCAUACUUAUUCUUGUUAGAUGAAGUGAGUGAAUUGGAGAGGAUUUAUUACGCUGCCAGACAAUUUUUAAAUCAACCGGGAUUGGACGUUUUGAAGAGGAAAUUACCAAAAGAAGCUUUGAAAAUGUAUGGACAAAUAAUGCAAUCCAGUAAAGAAGCGAAUUCGGUUUUUGCGCAGAAAAACUUUUUAUUCUUUACAUCAAAGGCUCUGAAUACUAAGGAAAUUGUUGAUGAUGAAUGUGUCGAAAAAUUCAGACAAGGUGUGGAGAAACUCGUUAAUAAAAUCAUACUUCACGACUUCGAUAUAUUUGAAAUGCGCAAGCUUCUCGAAUUCGAUUUAGCUGGAAAAGUUGAUUUUGCUCUUUUCAAAAAAGCAUGCAGCGUUUUACCCAAAGUAGAAGCAGCAACCGACCCUCGUAUUUCUGAUGAGUUUUUAAAAGUUUUGAAAUACAUCGCAUGUAGUUACAACGAUUGGAAUGCAAUAAUGGCCUAUUUUUACGGAGCAUUCCGAGAAGUAAAUGGCAGUCAGAAGACUUUCAAACGCCUCUAUCAGAAUUUCGAAGAAGACAAGAAAAAUUUUCUCAAUCUCAUUGGGGACUACGCACAACUUCAUACAAAUCAAAUUAAAUUGGAAAAAGCAGUUAAUGAGUGUGCAUGGCUUUUAAUGAUGUCACCUGUUGAUACAUUGAUAUCACUCUUUCUUCAGUGUUUGGAGAAUGUAUUAAUGGUACCAAAUCUUGUUAGAAUUUUGCGUAAGCUGCCAGAAUAUUGUAAGAUUGAAUUCCAAGCAGUGUUUAAUGGCGACAGCAGGACUAAACGUAAUACACCAGUACUGAUGUUUGCACUGAGAGUUAUUAUGACUAUCGAGCGGUCAUCUAUACAAUAUGAUGCAAAACGUCGAAAUUUCGUUUACUUAUGUGCGGCACUGUGUCGUGAACGUCAUGCAUUAUUAAAGGAUGGAAAGAACGAAAGAGAAAAUGAAGGAAGUGAUAAUGAAGAAGCUUUUGGGGACAUUGUUGAUUUUGCCCUCGUAGACGGUUCUGUUAUCCUAGAUCAUAUUGUUCUGCCGACACUAAAACAUGUGUUUUACCAAGAAAUUGCACUAGAAAUUGAAAAGAAAUUAUUGACAUCUUUUGGUGCACGACGUACUCCGAUAAUCUGGAAAAUUGAAGAGGGUAUAAAAUUGGAUGAAAAUGAAACUGCAAUCAGGAACAGUUCUGGGAUCUCCAUUCUACAGUUGAUUUCAAUUUUGCUAGACAUAAUAAAUGAAAAUAAAGACUUUAACGAUUGUACGCUUGUCGGUUCUUGCCAAGAUUGCUUGCGGUUAUUGGGUGAACGGCUUAAAGGCAUGCUUUUACAGGAUGGGGUGGUUAUCGAGACAAAUGCAUUUAACAGUUUGCUCACUUGCUUUGAUAAGUCAUUAUGGGCUUACAGAUAUGCUGUAGCUUCUUGGUUUUGCAAAUGCCUCACAUCUUACAAGAGGGAGAUUCCACUGCUGCUUUACGAGGCCUUGAAAGAAGAAAAUAAACAAAUGUUGAAAGCAGUGAAAACUGAUGCAGAUGACAGCGAUAUUUCUAGUCGCAGUCUUCUGCGAAAACUCUUUGAGUUGGCAACUAUUCAUUCUGAGUUGGCGUUGGAUAUAUUAAAAGAUGGGUUUUCAACAUCGGUAAAUAUUGUUGGACAUGACAUAUCUGGUGCAUUUGUUGAUGUUAUCCGAAGUCACAGUGUAUUUUCGAGUAACAAAAUAGAUGGCUUAGUAGAAGUUAUUAGAGCAAUCGCUAAUCAGAUUGAUCUGUCUCGUCAAAUAGUACCUUUGCUUACAGAGAUUUCGGAAAGUUCAUUUUACGCUGAUGAUAGUUUUAUGUCUUUAUAUCAUAUGCGUCAAAUGUUUUACUAUGGGACUUUUGAUUUUCUGAAACAUUUUCGAAUUGAAAUUGGCGUUGGUUACAGUAAUUCUGAAUUUACUUAUGUUAAAUUCUAUGGCAGGAAAUCUGUAAAUAUAAUGUUUAUAGGACUUCGGCUAAUUGAACCAUUGCUGUUGAUUCAGGAAGCUGUAAUUUGCGCAAUACAUUAUGAUAAAAGAAGUAUAGAAGACUUGACUGCAGCACCGUUUCAUGUUUUGGAAAUCGAAAAUCAAGUGGCAGUGAAAUUAUUGAAAUUAUUUUGCGAACUUGCAAAAGACCAUAUGCAGAAGGAAAUGAUCGAUUUGCGUAGAAGCUACAUAAAACAUAAAGUUGAAAUCAAAGAACCAAGGCCUUGCCUUAGUGAUGUGAAUAUUAAUCGUGAAAUACGUGUUGAAACAGAAUUGAUCCAACUUUAUUUUGCGUCGGUUGUUCUUGCAAAUCAUAUUAUGGGGCUGCCAUAUUAUUUGAAAAUAUUAUUGGUACAGUUGACCAAUUUCCACAUUGAAAUGGGAAGAAUGAAACUUGGUCCGACUUUUGAUGAAAUGGUCAAUAAUGCUUUGUUGAAUCAAGAUGUAGAGGAGGAUACAAUAAAUAAUAAGAAUCUCUAUGCUGUUUCUGAUUUUGACCAAGGAUUAGCUUCAGCAGAGAUGAACGAUUAUUUGUCUUCGCAGACUUUCGCCGUUUCAAACCCUGAGUACGCUACAAACGGAAUGAUGGACAUCACAAGUGCAAACAUUGAAGCAGUACAAGAUUCAUUCAAUGAUCGCCUUUCAGAGAUUUCUGAGCAGAAUGCAAUCUUUGUGGCCGGAACACGGAUGAUAAAAGACCGAUCAAUGUCAAGGAUAAUAGAAAAGCAUUUUCGUAACAGCAGAAGAAACAAUAUGCGAAAAGCAGUCGUCGGACCAAUGCCGGGACGUGAAGCUUUCCUAUCUUUAUCAAGAGAAUGUGAUAAUAUACAUGCUGCUGGGAAUGAAGAACGACAGUUUGACGAUCGAAAUGAUGCUCAAGAUAGUGCAAGUUAUAGAUGGAAUAGUAAUAAUGAUAGUGAUCGCAUCAACAAUAGUGGUUAUCGUCGUAAAAAUAAAAAGCACAAAUGA